CCGCAGGCUGACGCAGGCGGUGCCUGUGUGCUUCCAUGUUUUGCUAAAACACAAUUACAGACAAAUAUGUGGGAAAAUAAAGUGAGCUUAGCCUGGCUGAAAGUCAGUGACAGAACAGGGAGCGCGUGUCCUUCAGCCCCCGCCCCAUGGAGAGAAGGACUGGUGGCAAAAGGUUAAUUUCCCACCUGCUUUCCCGUAGCCACUGAAUCACUUAUUGGUCAUCUUCCUAUUUCAAAAAGUUUCAGUCUGAACAUCAGAACCUGCUGACAGAUCAUCUUUACGCUUAUCACACCUUCCGAGAACUGGCAGAGUGGGAGCUGAAAAUGUGCAACUCCACAGAAAACACGUUGGAGAAAAAGCCAGCUAGGGUCUGCCACAGCCCAGAGCCAUUGUUUCUUAAAGCUCAGAAGCAAGGCAACGGCCCCUCCCGCCUCUGGGCCCCACAGAGCGACCUGCAGCUGACGCGGAGUCGGGGUGGACGGGCACGGUAGCGUGCACGCAUCCUGAACCUGACCUGCACACAAGAGCGAGGGCAGCAGUUUGGCAGCUUGGGGCCCUGCAGCUCUUCUGCUGGGUGCAGUCAUGGGACGCAUCCACGGCGAGCUUACAGUCAUCCUGGGCUUGGAGAACAUUCAGUGAAAAGCUGGUAUGAGCUGGGGGCUGUUUUGAGGAUUAGAAUGUUUGCUGGACCAGAAAAGCAAGCCAUGAGUUUACACAUUCACUCCUCCCUGCAGCUUUACAGCUAGAGCCCCGGACACGGGCUGCUACCUCUGGUGCUCCGCAAUGUGCUUGGUACAGAAAGUCACGUUCACAGCUCACAUAUUGCCCUGUGGGGUGACUGGCACAGCACCCCCCCUGCCCUGCUGUCAAGCUGGAGACAUGAAGCAGUCACCCCCAGGGAGGGCAAAGGGCAUAAAGACAAAAACGUUUCAGGACCAUGCAGACAGUACAGAGUGGCACACUUCUGUAGCCUCAGUUUUCAUAUGGAAACUGAUUUCUCUACAGAAAUACAUUUACUGUGACCCGGAACCUUCCAGAUCAGUAGCACCUCAGAGGGCUCACACCAGGGAGGUGAACGGUGCCCUCCUUCUGUAGAAGUGCAUGGAGAGAAGCAGCAGUGGUACUCUUAUUUUAUCUACCAGACACUAGAAGCACUAGUAUGCACGGGCCAGAGCAAAGUGAGACAAUGCAGCAUUGGAAAAACUGCAAUAAUGAAACAUCAGUGAGUGUUUUCAAACCAAGACUCUAUGUCAAGUCUUCUUUAAAGACAAGCCCCAGCCCCAGGGAAAGCCUCGGACUUGAUGCAGGAAUCCUGGGAAGACGUGCACAGCGUGCACUUCAUGGGAGACUGAAGGAGACAGACACUUGUGCUUACAAUGGAGAAGUUCCACUGGUGGACUCCUCCGUCCGCAUCCAUCCCAGUUCUCAGCGCUGGGGCUGUGAAGUCACAAAGCAGAUCUUCUCAUGUUCCUUCCCCGCUGUGUUCCCCUGCCUUGCUCAGCGCAAGGAAGGCAGUAAGACGAUCUCCUGCCGCCCCUUCUGGUCUUGUCCUUUCCCGGUACAGCAGUUUUCACACGCGCAUUGCUACAAUUAUGAAGACAUUGCUCUGACACACUUCCAGCUUUGAGUCUUCUGGAAUCUCCAGGCUGCCCCCAGUGCAGGAGAGCUGGGCUGCCUUCCCUCUCCUGUGAACUGCUGCUGACAUCUAGCUGAGUGCCCGGACUCACGGCAAAGGCUUCCCACCCUCCUCGGGCAGAAGCAGCACAGGCACUUUCACAAAGGAGCUGUCCUACAUUCCUGACAGGUGAAAGAGACCUAAUGACACGACCAGAAGGACUCCAAUCAUCUCGGGUUACAAAUAUGCCCCUGGAAAGCCCCAGGGACGCAGUCUGCUCCUGAGACACCGGGCCUACGAGUUGGGAUGCGUCUGGAAAGCAGCUUAUGAGAAGGUAGCUUGGGAUAAACAGUCCCCAGCAGAAAACACCCUGGAAACAACCAUGUAUUAGGGAGCUGCAAAUUACGGAGCUGCAGACCUCGGGCUGGAAAUUACAUUUCCAUGAGAUUUCCAUACUCGUUUGUGCUGGUCGGAUCAGACCCAGGAACCUUAUGAGCGCACAUAACGAAAAUAGGAGGGGAGGAAGCUUAGUUUAUGGCUUUUUCAGAUCUUCGGAACAGUAAUUGUCCCUUAGCCUGACUAGCACAUCCAUUUCCUGAAGACAAAAAGGAAAACACGGGAGAGUGGGCAAGUGUGUGCCAGGGAGAGGUGCCCAGUGCGGGGCCAGCAGCCGUGCUGCCGCUCGCUGCAGCCAUUACCGCAAUGGCACGCAGGCAUCCUCCCAUCCCACAAAGGGAUGUCCCGUGUUUCUGCCUGCGUUAUCCUGAUGUGCUAAAAUGAUAACUGUGAAGGAGAGGAAGGAAUGCGUGCUCACUCAGGAAAGAUGCUUGCUGCAGACAGCUAUUGGGAAACUUCUGAAGAAUCAUAUGCGGGACAGGCAAAGCUUCCAGCAACGCAGCAUUACAUCAGUUUCGGUUCAUUCUUACCACCACACCCUGACUCCAAUUAUGCUCCCCGGUCCCAGUAACGAAAUCCAGAUAUUCUGUUUCUAAGCACAAUUGCUAUUUGCUGAGGUUUCACCUGUUCUUAGCUUGCUCUGGGUUCAGCCCUGAGCGCAGCGCAGCGUGGCACAAUGGCCGGCGUCCCGGCACCGCGCGGAGCUGGGAGCAGCAGACUGCCAGCAGCGGCUCCUUGUCGCUGAGCACAUCACUCUGAGCAAGCGUCUGCACACCUCUGUCUCCAUCCUGCUGGAGAUAUCACAGGAAUGCUGCUGGCUUUCAUUGCACCACGUAAGUAAUGUCUGCGGAUGAGAGAUAAGAGGAGGCAUCUUUAUAGAGAAAUCAGGAGAGUAAGAAUAAUAAAGUGGUGGGUAAAUCCACAAUUGUGCCAUGCUUCGCUCCGUUGGUAAGUGGGACUGUUUGCUCGCCAUAAGAGCAGCUGCUCCAGUCCACGUCCUGCCGUGGAGCAGGAGUUUCCCCGUGGUCAGGUGCCGGUGGCCCCGCGGCCGCUGCGGGCAGCUCCCCCCUUCACAAAGCACCUCACGAAAAUGAGCUCAGCCCGAAUGCUGAUGCCAAAAGAGUGAAAGGAUUUUUGGUUUUUACUCCUUCUGCCUAGCUAAGAUUUGGAGACAUGAGGGAUAGAGAAGAACUCCAGUUCAUACUUAAUCCAUCUUUUCCAAGCCAGCCUAGAACCGCACCGGGCAACAAUUGCUCCACUGGCUUCGUCAGCAGCUCUGUCCUCACGUCUGCCAGGAGCGGGCUCGAAUCGCGCUGAGCUUGUGGCACACACUGACACAGGAGCUGCCCGCAGGAUGUUUCCAGCCCCGCUCACAGUGCAGAAGCCCACCCCUCCCCGGCAGAGCACCUUUCACUGCGCGGCAGGGCGAUGUUUAAAGCCCUAUUGCGUUAUUUUACGCUCUCCAUAAAAAGAAAGAAAUCCUUUGUGAACCACUGGGCAGCCCCAGAUCACACGUGAAGAACCUUCCAUCCCCGUCCAUUAAGAGAUCGCUCCACAUCACCGUGUCUCACAGCAGAGUGUUCUGGAAUUGUUAUUUCAGCAGUGGAGAGACUUAAAGGUUAAUCUCUCCGUCUCUGAUCUUUCCACAGAGUUCUUACAUCAUUCUUCAUACAUCAUUCCAGAAUCCAACUUCGUACACGCUUUUUCAUCUUACAUACUCCGGCAUCAGCAGCUUGUAUGAAACCUGCUUAUUCAACUCAAAAUAAAACGAAAAUAAAUUAAUGAGAGAUAAAGAGCUCUUUGAUGCAAUAACCUUUAAUGAUUUCUUCCUGGUAUAUAAUUUAGGACAGUGUUUUUCCUGGCUUAAUGUUGUAAAGUUUGCAUCAUAAACAAAAAGCUGAUGAUUCAUAAAACAUUAUUGCUAAUGUAUUUCUGAAAUAAGCAAGAGACAUGUAAAGUAUCUUCCUUGUCUACUGGGAAUCUUGAAAGGAAACUUCCCUUUGAGAAAUUAUUCUUGGCACCAAUCGGUAGAGUAGCCAGCCUUAUGGGAACGGGAGCCGGCGGUGACACCCACUGUGGAAGGUAUAAAUAGAGUGCCGUGGCAGCGGACAAGCUGCAGUCUGAUUCAAUAUCAAGCUGUGCGUCUCGCUUUGGGCUUCUGCUUGCAUUUCCAGCUGCUGUCGCGAUGAGUUGCAACAUUAAGGAGACGAUUACUGUGUCUAGCAAAGGCAGGAGCAGUGGUGGCAGCUGUAUCAUUGGUGGUGGUGGUGGAGCACGGAUUUCUUCCUAUGCGAUAGGCAGUGGCAGAGGUUUUUCUGGAAGGAGUUACUGCGGUGGAGUGAAUUAUGGAGGGGGACUGAGUGUCGGUAGCUUGGCUGGUGGGAGCUAUGGAGGUGGCAGCUGCUAUGGCGGCGGCCUUGGUUUUGGCGGCGUGGUUGUCGGUGGUCUUGGUGGCGACUGCUUGCUUUCAUCCUGCGAUGAGAAAGUGACCAUGCAAAAUCUCAAUGACCGCCUGGCAUCCUACCUGGACAAGGUGAAGUGCUUGGAGAAGGAAAAUGCAGAGCUAGAAUGCAGAAUCAGAGAGUGGUACGCUACACAGGGCCUCUCCUGCGAGCCCCGGGACUACAGCUGCUAUUACAAAGAAAUUGAAGAUCUUCAGAAUCAGAUUGUCUGUGCAACCAUUGAUAACAACAAGAUCAUUCUGGACAUCGACAACAGCCGGAUGGCCGCUGAUGACUUCCGUGUGAAGUACGAGACGGAGCUGGCCCUUCGCCAGAGCGUGGAGGCUGACAUCAACGGGCUGCGCCAGGUCCUGGACCAGCUGACGCUCGAGGUGGAGACGUGCAACAACCAGGUCACCGAGCUGAGGCGCCAGCUGCAGGCCCUGGAGAUCGACCUGCAGGCUCAGCUCAGCCAGAGGAAUAAUCUAGAAUCCUCGCUGGCUGAGACGGAGUGCCAGUACAACACACUCCUCGGUGAGCUACAGACCCAGAUCACGUGCGUGGAGCAGCAGUUGGCGGAAAUAAGAGCAGAAAUAGAGUGCCAGAACCAGGAGUACAAGACCUUACUGGACGUCAAGUGCCGCCUGGAGCAGGAGAUUCAGACCUACCGCUGCUUGUUGGAAGGAGGACAGCAGGACCUCAUUCACGGAGGAGGAAUCGGAGUAGGGAGCGGUGUCGGAGGAGGAGUCAUUAGGACAAGCCACACCUACACUACAACCACAGCAUCCCACUGCCAGCCACAAGUCCCGCCCUGCAAGACCGGGGACAUACAGGUGACCUGCAGGAGAAUCUGUGAUUGAGGACAGACGGACAAGAAGAUGACACACAGAGAAACCCACAGACAAAACAAGAACACGCGAUGUUCCCUGCACGUCUCCACGCAGACAAAGUAGAAUUCAGCGACGCUUUGCCAUGUAUCUCACGGGGCCUCCUGGGGGUCUCCUUUUUCUCGUUCUGCUGCUUCUGUAACGCUGCGAUCUCUAGAAGUUACUUGAGUUAGUCAGGAUCGCUAUGUACCUGCCGGUGAAAAACCUUCUCUAAUAAAACUGUGCUUCUGCCUGAUGCAAUCAACAAA